AUGGCGAAGGAAACGCGAAUGAUAAUGCUGAAGGAAAUGGGAAUAAUAUGGGAGAGGGGCUUGAAGGAUAACAUCAUGACUGCUGUGGCUCCUAUGGAGAUUCGUAUUUUCUCCGAUCUGGUGAACAAGGUGAGAGUUGUUAAAGAAUAUGCAAAGACGAUUGGUUUAGGUGGUUGCUUCAAUUGUGGUUUUCCUGGUCACAUUGCGAGAGAUUGCACUCGUGGGAAGAAUUCGAAUGCGGUUGAGGAGCUAGGCUUGAAAGUGUCAGAAUUAGCAUUUGAAUUGCAUGUACAUACUCCACAUCAGACGGUUAUGACUAGGUCAGGUUGUAGGCAAGUAGGUUUCAAGCUUGAGGGUAGAGACUUUGUACAUGACUUGAUUUGUUUACCAAUGGUUGGGUUAGAGAUGAUUUUGGGAUUUGAUUGGUUGUUAAAGAACCGAGUUUUGUUGGAUUGCUUUGAGCGGCCAAUUCAGUUUAUGCUAGAAGGGGAAAAUGGAGCAGUGAUAGCUGAGGGUUACUACCUGAACUCUGUGAGGGUGCACUGUAGUGGGAAAGAGUGUCAGUGUUAUAUCUUGUUGACUGCUAAUGCUUUAGGUGACGCCCAGAACUUAGAUCAGAUUUCAGUAGUUACAGACUUUCCGGAAGUGUUUCCGAAAGAUAUUCCUGAAUUCCCACCUCAAAGAGAGAUUGAAUUUGCAAUUGAAUUGGUGUCGGGAGCCGGAACAGUGUCGAUUUAUACCGUAUCGAAUGGCUCCGAUAGAGCUGGAUGA